AUGACAAUCAACCCACCCCCAACAGCCCCCUUCCACCUCCUCCAACAAUGGCACUCGCAACCCCGAAAGCUACGCAUAAUCCACAUCGGCGCCGGCGCCACCGGCCUCUGCGCUGCCUAUAAAAUGGAGCGCCAGCUCAGCGACUACGAGCUGGUAUGCUAUGAAAAGAACGACGAAAUCGGCGGGACGUGGCUCCAAAACCGCUAUCCAGGGUGUGCCUGCGACGUCCCCGCGCACAUCUACACGUACACCUUCGAGCCCAACCCGAAGUGGAAGUCGUACUACGCUUACUCUCCUGAUAUCCACGAGUAUUUUAUGGACUUUUGCGAGAAGUAUGACUUGCGGAAGUAUAUCCGGUUUAGACAUCGGGUCACGGCUGCGGUGUGGUGUGAGGAGAGGGGGCAGUGGGAGGUGAAAGUUGAGCGUGAUGGGGUGGUUUUUACGGAUUGGUGUGAUGUUUUGAUCAAUGGGUCGGGUUUGUUGAAUAAGUGGAGGUGGCCGGAUAUUGAAGGACUUCACUCGUUCGAGGGUCCGCUCUUGCAUUCGGGGGAAUGGGAUCCCACGGUCGACUACACCAACAAGCGAGUCGCCGUGCUAGGAACAGGAUCUUCAGCAAUCCAAAUAAUCCCCCAAGUGCAAAAAGCUGCCUCCCAAGUAAAAUGUUUCAUGAGAGGCAGCACUUGGAUCAGUCCCCCAAUGCCACGCGUCCCAGUCGAAAUCCCCCAAACUGAUGGCAGCUCAGGCACCACCCAUCACGACCAGGACGCCGCGCAUCCAGAAGUCGGCCAGUACUACUACACAGCAAAGGAGACACAGAAACUGACCGACGACCCCGAGUAUCUUCUCAACUACCGCAAGCGGAUCGAAUACGGGAUCAAUAUGGGAUUUGCUAUCUUCUACAAGGGGAUGGAGCCGUCGCGUAUGGCUGAGGAGUAUAUGCGCGCGGAGAUGACGAGGAGGUUGCAGGGUGAUUCGGUUUUGACUAAGGAGUUGAUCCCGAGUUGGCCUGUGGGGUGUCGACGACUCACCCCCGGCGACGGCUACCUCGAAGCCCUAAUCAAACCCAACGUCGACUGCAUCUUCACCCCAGUAACAAGCAUAACCCCCAAAGGGCUCAUAACCCGGGACGGCACCCACCACGAAGUUGACAUAAUAAUCUGCGCAACUGGCUACGACAUGGCAUGGACACCACACUUCACUCUCCUCGGCCGCAACGGGCUCGACAUCAAAGACGCCUGGUCGCCCACCCCCAAAUGCUACCUGGGCAUGGCCGCGCCAGGUUUUCCCAACUACUUCGUGAUGAACGGCCCGCGCGGGAAUCUCGCGAACGGGACCGUGCUGCCUUGCUUUGAGACGGAGAUCGAGUAUGUGAUUCAGGCGGCGAAGAAGAUGCAGAGUGAUCGAGUUAGGACGCUGGAUGUGCGGGAGAGUGUGGUUGAUAAGUUGAAUGAGUAUAUCGAUGCGUGGCAGGAGACGAGCGUUUUUAGCGGAGGGUGUCGCAGUUGGUACAAAGAUAAUACUGUUGAUGGGAAGGUUUUGUGUUGGGGGGGAUCGUCGGUCCACUUUUUGAAAACCCUCAAGACGCCUCGUUGGGAGCAUUUCGAUAUGCAGUAUAUGGACGACAACCCGUGGGCGUUCUUGGGUAAUGGCCGGAUCAAGGCAGAGUGCGAGGGUGAUUUUGAGGGGUUGACGCCUUAUUUGAGGAAUUCGGAUACGCCGUGGGAGAUUGUAUGA